CCGUCCCUCGCCUGCCGGCGGCGCCAUGUCGGUCUUCCACGAUGAGGUGGAGAUUGAGGACUUCGAGUACGACGAGGAGACCGAGACCUACAGCUACCCGUGCCCGUGCGGGGACCGCUUCCUCAUCACGCGGGAGGAUCUGGAGAACGGUGAGGAUGUGGCCACCUGCCCCAGCUGCUCCCUGAUCCUGCGCGUCAUUUACGACCAGGAACAGUUCAUGCGUGAUGAAGUCGUUGCAGAACCUUUGACAAACAAGGAGUUGAUUAAGUGCUGAUGAAUACAUCAUGAACUGUUGCUGCUUUAGAAUAAGAAAGUAUGAGGACGGCAACGGUGGAAAAAGACAUGGUUCUCCUCCUGAAGUGCUCGCUGCUGUGAGAUACAAGUGCAAUAACUGGCUGUCUUCGUAAUUUGAAUGAGAAUUUGCUGGGACAUCAGCACAUGAAUGGGCUUUGUUCAAAAAAGUUAUACAUUUAAAAAAAUAUGUAAGUUGUUAUAUGUAUUCCAGAAGACUCAAGGGUUACAAUCCUAACUGACAGCAAGUCAAUAUACAGAAGAAGUGUGCGGAGUUGUGAAAUUAUAAUGUUUAACUAGCAGUGGCUUCUUAGUGUGUGGAUUAAAACAGGCUUUGUGUGGGCAUAUACCAGUGUAUGGUAUCACAUAGAGAGCUGAAAUGUUGGGAGACAAAAUUUAGAAGUCCAUACAACAUGAUGCAAUACAAAACUACAGUUUUGACACAGCACAGUGUCACCCAGGAUGUGGCCUCAGGUGCUUCCAGUCCAUACUGAAUAUGGAGAAAAAUAAGACACCCAGAACCAAUGCUGUUGGUAAAUUAUUUUUACUACUGUAAGCACAAAGAAGGUGCAGUUGUAUUUAUAUCUGCAGUGGGGGCAACACCAGAGUUGGGGCAAAUUUGUUUCUUAAAUUGCAGUUGCUUUGAAACAGCUUUAGUAUCUUUUAUCAAAUGACUCUGAUAUAACAGCAAUACAGUUUUGUAGGUAUUGUGUGAAGUGAAACAAAAGGAUUAAAACUUUUUUUUUACCCUUGCAAAGCUAGUAAUGUACAAGUGGACCUGAACUCGAUUGUAAUUUACCCAUAGUUUUGCAACAACUUUGUGAUUUGACUGUUGCAGCAAAUAUAAAAUGGGCUGCAGUUCUUUGUGCCAUUUGUAGUAGUACAUUCGCUGAAUUUCUCAGUCUUCCUUUGUUAGGUUCUGUCACUUCGUGGAUAGGAGGUGCACACAUUUCACUUAAUACAGAGGAAUUUUUUUAGGGUAGAAAAGAGUUGCAAAAAUAUACUCCAAAGUACAUUGAUUCCAAGAGUACUUCUUGUAUUACAAGCCACUGCAUUUAAUUAUUUAAAAUUAUGGUCAUUCAUGUGUUUUAAUUGGAUUGACACCUAUGAAGUUAUAUUUGGGGAAAAAUAUUUGUGCACAAUUUAUAUAGUUAUUUUGCUCCAGGCACUAAAGAUAAGCAAGUCUUACUGAAUUCUUGCGUUUAACUAUUUUUGUUCUUACAACAUUCUGUGAAUGUUGAAGAUGAACAUUCUAAUUAUUUUUCAAAAACAAAAAAAGGAAAAAAAGAAAAAACCUACACCCUUCAGCUAGAAGUUUUGAAUGCAAGAUGAACAGCCCAAAGUGUUUUCAUGCCUAAACCAGAAGGUGGCACUCAUGUUACUUUGAUAAUCUGUGCUUCAAAAAAAGAGCUGUGGUACUUUGGUUAGCUAUAUCUUAUCAAAUAUUUAUUUUGACUAUUUAAAUAAAGAUAUUUAAAACUGCACCGAUGGU